AGCUGGAUGCAGAUAUUAACAAUGAGAUAAAAAGUGGAGAGAGAGAGAGAGAGUUUGAAGUAAAAGAGAAGAGCAUUAUAGGGAGAAGAAAAAAAAGUAAGAGUGAGGAGUGGUGAUAGCAAGAGAGUUAGUUUUUUUCUUUUCUCUAUUGACUGUUGUAGAGAUAGUGAGAGAUUAGACCUUCAAUUUUUAUGCAAUCUGUUGGUCUAAUCAAUUUAUUUGUUGGUAGGUUCUAGAGGGAGAGAUGAAUGUUGUUAUUGUAAUUGUUAUUAGUGGAAACAUCUGAAAAGGAGAGAGGAUAGAGUGUUGCAAUGGGAACACCACCAAGGGAUGAACUGAUGAAGAAGAUCCAGGAGCUGGAGGAGGGGCACGCGCACUUGAAGCAAGAAAUGUCGAAGCUCAAACUCUCCGAUGCGAGGCACGGCCACCGCCAGAGGUCACACUCCGUGUCGCCGCAGCGUUCCAGGUUCGCCGCGCCGCCGAAGAGGCGGAGCGACGCGCCGCCGGCGUGGAAGAGAGGCGCGUGUUCGUUCAAGCAGUCGUCGCCGCUGCAGAGGGAGAGUCGCGGCGGCGAUGCUCAAUUUCACGGCGGAGGAGGAGGAGGAGCUGCUCCGCGCUGUGGUCCUUCCGCUGUGAAUUUCACGGAACGGCAGUAUCUCAAUAUUUUGCAGUCAAUGGGACAGUCUGUUCAUAUAUUGGAUCUUAAUUGUCGCAUAAUAUAUUGGAACCGUAGUGCGGAAAAUCUAUAUGGUUAUACAGCAGAGGAAGCUUUAGGGAAGGAUGGGAUUGAGCUGCUUGUAGACCCUAUAGAUUUGGCCUUAGCCAAUGAUACAGUGAACCGUGUCAUGAUGGGAGAGAGCUGGACAGGGCAAUUUCCGGUUAAGGAUAAAACGGGAGAGAAGUUUUUAGCUGUAGCGACUAAUACACCUUUCUAUGAUGAUGAUGGAAGCUUAGUUGGGAUUAUUUGUGUCUCUAGUGAUUCACGGCCCUUUCUUGAAAUGAAAGUUCCGAUGUCUGGUGUAAGGAACACUGAGUCAGAUUCAGAUUCGGGUGGAACCCGACCUAGAAGUACCAUGUCGAAUAAACUUGGCAUUGACACUCAACAGCCGCUUCAAGUUGCUCUCGCAUCGAAAAUUUCAAAUUUGGCAUCAAAGGUGAGUAACAAAGUUAAGUCAAGGAUCUGGACGGGAGAAAAUAAUGUUGAUCGCGAAGGUGGGAGCGGUGAAAGUCAUCAAUCUGAACAUAGUUUAUCGGAAUCUGUUCUUUCGGACCAGAGAGAGGAUGCUAAUUCCAGUGGAGCUAGCACCCCCAGAGGUGAUGUGCCACCAUCCCAUUUUGGUGUAUUUUCUCAUGUCGAAGAAAAAUCUCAGGGAAAAUCUCUGAGAGAGUCUGGUGAUGAGAGUGAAGGAAAAUCUAUUCACAAAAUCAUACCUGCUAAGGCUGAAGCCUGGAUUCAAAGGAAAACAUUAUCAUGGCCAUGGAGAACAAAGGAUCGAGUAGGAUCAGAGGCAACGGAUGUUGGUGUUGCUGGGCCCUGGAAUCAAGAAAAUGACUCGGUUAAUCAGAAAAUUCUUUCUUCUAGCUUGAAGCAAGAAAGCCAGGCAGGUGAAAAUAAUCGCCCUAGUAACAACGAGGCUUCAGGGUCCUGGUCCUCCUCCUUUAAUAUUAACAGCACAAGUAGUGCCAGCAGCUGUGGGAGUGCUGGCAGUUGUGCUGUCAAUAAUAAAGUGGAUGUGGACACUGAUUCCUUGGAUUACGAAAUUUUGUGGGAGGACCUGACAAUUGGAGAACAAAUUGGACAAGGUUCUUGUGGAACUGUAUAUCAUGCUCUGUGGUAUGGAUCAGAUGUUGCUGUCAAAGUUUUCUCAAAGCAAGAAUAUUCAGAUGAUGUGAUACUGUCCUUCAGACAAGAGGUGUCUGUCAUGAAAAGACUUCGGCACCCAAAUAUUCUUCUCUUCAUGGGGGCUGUGACUUCACCUCAACGUCUCUGCAUUGUGACAGAGUUUCUCCCACGUGGAAGCUUGUGCCGCUUGUUACACAGAAACACAUCAAAACUUGACUGGAGACGGCGAGUUCAUAUGGCCUUGGAUAUUGCACGAGGCGUAAAUUAUCUUCAUCAUUCUAACCCACCUAUCAUCCACAGAGAUUUGAAGUCUUCAAAUCUUCUAGUUGAUAGGAACUGGACUGUGAAGGUUGGUGAUUUUGGUCUUUCACGUCUUAAGCACGAAACAUAUCUCACAACCAAGACAGGAAGGGGCACGCCUCAAUGGAUGGCACCAGAAGUUCUUCGUAAUGAACCCUCCGAUGAGAAAUCUGACGUUUACAGCUUUGGAGUAAUAUUAUGGGAACUUGCAACUGAAAAGAUACCUUGGGAUAAUCUCAACUCAAUGCAGGUUAUUGGAGCUGUAGGAUUCAUGAAUCAACGGCUAGAAAUUCCCAAAGAAGUUGAUCCACGGUGGGCUUCUAUAAUUGAGAGCUGUUGGCAUAGCGAUCCAGCUUGCCGGCCAACAUUCCCGGAACUGCUUGAAAGGCUUAGAGAGCUGCAGAAAUGGUAUGCCAUUCAGUUCCAGGCUACCCGAUCCACUGCCAAGGAAAGCACCCAAAAGGAUUCCUAAACAACAGUGGAGCUAUUUUUUCUGUCACAUGUGGCUGAUGCUUAAUGAUUUUUUUGCAUAUAUUUUACCAAAGCUCCCAGAGUAAUUGAGUUAGUGCAAACAGCUGGUUUUGGAACGCAUGUAGAAUAGCUGAUCCGAGUCCUUCACCAACAUUUGCCAAGGUAUUACAUAGAAGGGGGAUAGACUGAUAAAAAGAAAGAUGGGGAUUGCUAAACUUUGGAUAGUGAUUGGGUUAGUCAUCUUAUUUUUCUCUAGUGGCAUCUAAAGUUUCUUCAAUUGAUUGGUGGUUUUGUAUGUUUGGUAUUCUAGUCAAUCGGAUCGAUUACCACCUGCAUUGUAAUUUUAUAUGCAAAUGUUUGCGCCACUAUUUUAUUUGUACAGAAGGUAGCCAAAAGGAGGGGGGGAAAAUGUUCAUUUGACUACAUAGAUUAGAAUCAAAAAGUUAGUGUGCUUCAGUGUUGUUAAUGUUGGGUCUCUAUCUGUACCCACUUGAAGCAAAAAGUGCAGCUUAGCACGUCAGACAGCCUUUUUAAAGUAACCAUUCAGAAUUUGAUUGGCCCGUUUCAACUUAUCGAACGAGUAUAGACAAGAAUUCCAAGUAUAUAUGGUAAUUUUCAAUUA